UCACUCGCCCGAAUCAGACACAGUUUAAUUUUAUAGCGAUCAACAUGGAGUUAAAAGAUCCAACGUUUUGGGCCAAGUUUUGUGAAAGCGUCAUAAAUGUGGUGUUAGUUACGAUCUGCGCGCUGGUCGUGCCCAUCAUUGUUGGCAACGUGAUGACUGUAGUUGCCGUUUUCAACAAAGCCAGACUCAACACGCCAUCUAAUAUUUUCAUAGUCGGUUUGGUGGUUGCAGAUUUACUGUUGACUUUAUCCAUCCUCUUAGACGCGGCGAUAUAUGCAACCAUCCAAAAUGAAAAAGACGCAAUCACGAAAUUAAUGGGUUUCGCUGUGGCCAACAGCCAGCAAGAAUUAAUAAAAAAACAACUAAAGUUUGACAUGUUCAUACAUCGCGCUUUCCUAGCUGUUUUGGUGCCUAUUUUUGCAAGUUUCGCCGCUUCAGCCUGCAUCUUGGUGUUUUUUACUCUCGAAAGACACAUUGCGGUGGCGCACGGCGACGCUCACCGAACUUCCAUCACAAAAAAGAAAUCUGUGACGGCCGUUCUGAUAUCUUUCAUGCUUGCUGCCCUGUUCACCAUUCCACUUUUUACCUGGAAUCAAGAGCAGAAGGACAAAAUUGAUCGAUCUUGUGACCAAGUCUACUGGCACUUAAUUCGGACAAUUGGACAGGGCUACUAUAUCAUAGCAAACCUGCCUUUGUAUGUAAUCAUCAUCAUUUUGGUCCUGGUAGUCAGCUCGCAAUUGAAAAAUGAUUGUGGCAAAGGCAUGCCAGAGCACGUAAAAUCAAUGGAGGCUGUGAGGUUAUUGUUGAUCUGCUUCAUCAUCUUGUGGCUCCCAUUUGUGCUUUUCAUCGCACUGGUCGUGAACAAAAUUCUACAAGUGCACUCUUUCUUAUUCUUCGCGUUUUCCAUGCUUGCAAUAGUAAUAAACUGUGCGUUGAGACCCAUAAUAUAUAUGCGGAAAAUGCCAUAUUUUGGCAAAGCAUUUCGACAACUUGUGUGCUGCAAUAGAAAACGAGUGCGGUACGGCAGUGUUUGAAUUGUUUAUAAACAGGAGUAUCAGAUCUCAGCUGCCUAUGCCACGUGGCCAUUCCAUUGGCCUGAUCAUUGUGGAUAGCCUAAUAACACAUGUGAUUAAAUUAAAUGACUUAAUAGUAGAUUAAAUUUUAAAUUAAGAAUGAAGAAUCUCAUAAUUGAGUUAAUGUGAAUAUUAAAAUAGGAAAUCGGAUUUGAAACUUGUCACAUAAAGUUUUAAUGUGAGCGUGCGGAUUUCUUGUAGAUCUGGCUGAAUGGUCACCCACCAGAGCCAGAUAAGACAAAAUAAACUCAAUAAAUUGUUGUUAAUUGAAAUAAGAAAAACGUGGUUUUUAAAAGUAUUAUUUUAUCAUUUGAAUGUCAAUUUUUUCUUUAGAGUAAAAUAAAAUGGCAACGCUUAAA